AAAAAUCGAUUGUUGAGGUUUAAUGAUAUUAUAUUUACAUAUAUUUAUAUUUUGCUAUAUUUGAAAACAUUAUAUUUAAAAGUUUUUAUAAAAUAAAAGCAGACUGGAAAAGCUGAUAAAUUUUGAUAAAUUAAAUCUAAAUGUUAACGAGCAGUUCUUUUAGUCGUGAAAAAUUUUCAAAAUUUUGAAGAAAGAAACAAUCAUCGAUUUUUUUUUCUAAAAAUGAAUGAUGAAAAAAGUGAACAAUUCGUUUUAGAUUUAUCUAAAAAAUGUCUGAAAAAAGUUCCAAAGCAAGAGGAUGCACAAAACUGUCGAGUUCUGAUAUUAGAUGACAACGAACUGCAGAAAAUAGAUAAUAUUGAUUCAUAUCUUAGAAUUGAAAAGCUAUCACUUAGUAAAAAUCAAUUACUUCGUAUGUAUGGAGUUUGUAGACUGCAGCGUUUAAGAGAGCUUAAUUUAUCCUUCAACGGAAUUUUAACAAUUGAAGGAUUAAAAGAACUAAUACAUUUACAGCACUUAAAUCUAGAAGGAAAUAAUAUUAAGACCAUUGAGCACUUAAGCACUAACACGAAAUUGGAAUACAUUAAUUUGUCAGAAAAUAGUAUUGGCAGUAUAUCUGAUAUUUCAUAUUUAAAAUCAUUAAGAGAACUUUAUCUUCAUGGAAACAGGAUUUCUCAUUUGAGGCAAUGUGAUAAAUAUUUGCCAACGUCGCUUGAAAUACUGACAUUAGCAAAAAAUUCUAUAACAGAUCUAAAUGAAAUUUGUACUUUAGCCAAUUUGAGUAAUUUACAUAGUAUAACCAUAGGUGAAAACCCUUGUGUUCAAAUGACUGGUGGAACUGAUGGUUUUGAUCAUCGGCCAUUUGUUUUAAACUGGUGUAUGAGUGUAAAAGUAAUUGAUGGUUUCAUGGUAGACCCAAUUGAAAGUUUAAAAGCGGAAUGGUUAUUUAGUCAAGGAAGAGGAAGACAAUUUAGGGUUGGAGAACAGAUGGCUCUGGCAAAGUAUCUUAGUUCUGUUUGCCCUUUGUUAGGCAAGGCUUUAGAAAAUGAAAACGAGAGAAAGCUUCGUUUAAUAUUGAGCAAAGCACAACAACACCAACGUCAAUUGCAAGAGGAAAUUUCUGAUAAUCUAAAUACAUCCGGGGGAAAUUCUCCUUCAUCAGGACGAAGAAAACAAACAACAAGUAGAAUUCAGUCGCCAAGAUUUUCUAGACUUGGUACUCGUCAAGGAUCUCCAGAUUCAAUGUCUAAUAGUUACCAUGGAAACACUUCAUCCCAUUCUAUGGCAUGUAACCAAAGUGAUAUACAUACUAAUCAAAAUCACAUGUUGCAAAUGACAACGUCGUUAAUUGAAAAUAUUAAAAAUGAUUCAAUAAUGACACAAAGCUUAGACAUAAGCCUAACAGGCGGUAAUUGUGCUAUUAUUUCGAAAAAUCAUUGUACAAACUUUUCACAAGAAUCCACCCCGAAGUUAAAUACACCGAACCAGUAUAAUGAUCAAAACUCCGUAUUUCCUCUUGGUGGUCCUUUGGCUGCUGCCUCAAAAAUGGUACCAGUGCCUGAAACUUUAAUGAGUCCCGACUGUUGCCCGACCUCUGUAAACCAAAAAGUUAUGAAUACACAAAAUUUGAAUUCAAAUACAAAAGUAGUUAAAAAUAAAGAAAACAAGUCAAAUUCCCCAAAGAUAAGUAGAAAUGCACAUUUGCGACGAAAUAGUGAAAAAAGUCCAAUAUUGAGCCCAAGAAAAAUAAAUACAGCCCUUCAAAGCAACCAAAAUAUUAAGUUAUUAGCUCUAGAUAAUCAAGAAGUAAGGACACGCAAUUUUCAAAACUCUAUUCACAUGACACCGCCAGAUGGAUCUGGAACUUUAAGUUCUGACGACGAUAGUGAUCACAUUAACGUAGACAAGCUGAAAACAAUACGAAAUAAGGCAGCACAAAGAAAUAAAGAACAAAAAGAUGUUUUGUCUAUAAAUCUUAUGGAAGAUGUUGAGCCCUCUGUUAUAUUGAUACAAAAGACAUGGCGUGGCUACAAGUCUCGAAAGGAUACGAAAGAUAUUGCAGAAAAAUUAUUGAAAAAGAGAACUAUAGAAUACAUAGAGAAAUUAACGAAAGAUAUGGAAUUAACCAAGGCACAGUUAGAAAAUGAAAGGAAAAUUCAACAAUUACAAAUGCAAGCUAUAAACGCUUUAUGGAAAAAAGUUUCUAGUAUGCAAAGCUCCACAAAUAUAGUUGGGAAAGAAAGUUCAGAAAAUGGUUUGUUAAGUGAAACUCAUAAAGAAGGUUCAACGUCGACUCAAGUCAUAUCUCUUGACAAUAAUACAACAGCUGUAGUGACUGAUCUUGCCAAAACAUGUGCUAUGCUAACUAAUCAAGUUCAACAACUGCAAGGCUCAAUGAGAGAUAUUUUAAACUGCAUGUCAUUGUUUUGUAACCUGCCUCAUGAAAGCUUAAAAAAAAUUAUAAAUGAAGAUUGUAAAGAUUCAGCCGCAACCCAAACAGAAAUUGUUGCCGUUCAUACACCACAGCUUGAAAAUCAAAGUUUCUUGUCAAAAGUAAGGCCAUCAUCUCUUCCGCUUUCGUCAGAUCAAUCAACAAAUUUACUUAUUUCAUGUGGAAAUACAGUUAAUUCGAUGGGAAAUGGGAAAUUGAAAAAAAGCGAUAAUAAAAUUGAAGAAAGCAUGCAGUUGGAGAAAAGUGAUGAUAUUCAUGAACAAAAUGAAAAAGAUAAAAUGGAAAACGAAAACCCAAACAAUUUCCAAGAAGAUUUUAACUGAAAUGCAAUGAUUUAUAAACUUGAAUCACAAAUUUGAUAAAAUUUUCCUAAAAAACGUUUUUGAUCUCUAAAAGCUUUAUAAAGCGCAUAUACGCUAUUUUAAGAAUUUGCUACAUAAUAAUAUAUGUUAUGAAGAAACAAGUAUUUCAGUUUCUUUUUAAAUGAAAAAGUUUUUUUUUGAUUAUUGUAAGGUAUUAUUUAUGAGAAAAAAUGUUUUUUAAGUUUACUUUAAUUAGUUUCUGUUUCGAAUUAUGUAUGUAUUUAAAUUGUACUUGUUACACACAGAUAUCAAACUGAGGAAAAAUUUGUACUGAUUUUAAUUUGAUUCCUUUUUUUAACAUGAAGUCCUUAGUUAAGAAUUUUGAAGUUUCAUGUCUACAAAAAAAAUCUUUUCUCAGUGAAUUUAAUAAAAACUAUGCUUUGGAAAUAAAGUCGUUAAUUUUUAAAUCAAUUUGUUUAAAUAAAACGAUAUACUAAACUAAAAAAUGAUUAUUGUACCAUUCAAUUACCUUUACUAUUAUAUCAUUGCCUGCUUUACUAGGUACCUUUUUAUUCUUAUAUCACAAAAGAAAAUAGUAUAUCAAAGAUAUAUUUUUCUUUUUCUCUUUACUUAAUAAGUGAAGAAUUAGAUGGAUAAAUUUUAAAAAAAUUUAAAUU